UAGCUAGCUAGCUAGCUGUUAUUGUUUUUCAUGAUUUCUCGAGAUCCAAAAUGGAGGAGAAGCUGCUGCCAGUGUCCUACACAGCCACUCCCGAGUCCUUCUUUACACCCCUCUCAGUAAAAUGUCCACCAUGGCGCUCCUUUCAGUCUGUUUGUGUCAUAUAAGUGUAUUUAGUCUCAGGUUUAGCUCCUGUGUGUGUUUACUGCAGAGCUAAUGUAGCUUAGCUCAUAUUCAAACCCGGAGGACGGUUUGAGGGGAAUGUUCCCGGGAUUCUGCUCACGACUGGAGCCAUAGUUCCCUCCUGUUCCUCCAAGUCUUAUCUCCUGGUCGGCGGCUGGUUUCUCCUCAUGGGAGGCGGCAGGGGUUGAGAUGCAUCGCCGAGGCGUUGCAGGAUGAGCAGUCGUCGCGAUCGCCAUGACUCUGAGAGCCACACUGUUCCCAAACUCAGGGUUAAAGCAGGACACUGACUCCAUCGACUACAACACAACACACUUCGGGGCCGCCACCGUGAGUCCUGUAAGCUUCAAGAGGGAGACUCGAGACUUCAUUAUAGAUGCUCAUAACGUGCAUGGGGGCGAGAUCCCAAGCAAGUCAAAGGACUUAGAGCAGAAUUACAUGACAAGCAAAGUUUCCCUCGCUGCUACAGCUGCAGAACGAGUUCAAGGAGACAAUAAAACUGUGGGGAUUUUGUCCCCGGUCAGACAAAUGGGGGGUGAGGGAACCCCAGUGAAAGGUAAACCCCUCUCUGCUGACACUAUGGAUAACCCUCAGAUGGCUGUGAACAAUAACCCAAAGGAUGGAGGUGCGGAUGACAGUGUGAAGGGGGUUGUCCCUGGAGUCCUUGGCACUGCAUCCAUUGAACUUUCAUCUGAGGGCAAGUGGAGGAACAUCAGGAAGACCCCUGCUAAUCCCCACACACAGGCCAACUGCCUCCGACAGAUCCUCCUCCUUCAACUGGACCUCAUCGAACAACAGCAACAACAGCUGCAGUCAAAAGACAAGGAGAUAGAUGAGCUCAAGGCGGACAAGGAGACGCUGCUUGCUCGCAUUGAGCGCAUGGAGCGUCGCCUUCAGCUCACAAGGAAGGACGUGCCACGUGACAAACGCCUCUUCCAGCCUCUGGAGCCAUGGACCCCCGACAAAGAGGACAUGUGGGAUCUGGAUGUGGAGGAGAGUCCACAGUCCAACCAAGCCACGCCACUCCCCUUUAGUCGGGGUGGCAAGGGUCAAAAGAGGAAACCGUGUUUUGGAGAUCCAAAAGUCCAAAAAUCCCGGGGUAAAAGUGCCAAGCUUAGCCCACAGAAGGCUGAGCUUCAGCCAGGCUCUCCUAAUCAGAGAGAGCUGCGCAGUAAGGAAACUCCAGAGAGCACUGUCCCUAUGAGGUCAGGGGUAGAAAGGGACAUUAUGCUCCCAUGCAAAGAGGAGCCUGAGCUGAGCUGUCAGAUGGAAGAUCUGCCCUUCAUGUCUACUACAGAGAUGUACCUCUGUUGCUGGAACCAACCUCCUCUUUCCCCUCUGCGGGAGACUUCCCCUAAAAAGGAGGAAGAGGUGGCCAGUGAGUGGACUCCUCAUGUAGUACAUGAUAUGCUGAUUGUUUUUCCAUCUUGGAGGGAAAACCACAUAGAGCCCCUGGAGGAUGAGGACUCCUCCGGGAACCCUGCUGAGCCGCUGGACGACAGUGUGUUUUUGAAACGACACAUGAAGCUUGAGUUGGACGAGAAGAGGAGGAAAAGAUGGGACAUCCAGCGAAUCAGAGAGCAGCGGAUGUUUCAGCGUCUGCAGCAACGCAUGAACCGGAAGAAAGUCGUCACAGAGACCGAGCCCGAGCUUUCCUCCUUCUACCCCGACACUGAAGACGUCGAAACUAUAGUGAUCACUCCCUUCUUGCCUGUGGUUGCAUUCGGCCGGCCGUUACCCAAAAUGUCACAAUCGAACUUCGAGCUGCCUUGGCUGGAUGACCGCAGUCGAUGUCGCAUCGAGGUGCCUAAAAAACACACUCCGCACCGGACCUGUCGGAAGUGAAUCCUCGCACGUGGCAUCCACAGAUCAGAGACGCCGCUUCCUGCCCAGAUUAGAAAAUAGUACAUUUGUCUUGUUUCUGGGAGGAUCCAUGACACAUCACCUGUCGCUGCGUAUAUAUAUCUGCUGUUGCUUUCAGUCUGUGUGAGAGUUCACCGCUCUCCAGUGUAAACAUGUCUCCACAGACCGGCUCGUCUCCUGCAGAAUACGACACAAAAAAAACUGAGAUAGCUUGCCCCCACCGGGUGCACUUGAUAUGUUGGGUCUCAUUUACAGUUCUGAAAGGGAGAUUAAAUGCUUGAUGCAACAAGAUUACAGUCCACGUGUUUGCAGCUUAGCAGUUAUGUGCAUGUUCUGUGACAUGUUGUAGCAGCUGUGCCAUUCAAAAAAAGGGUUUUCUCACAAAAAAUGGAGUUUCAGUCACUUUUAAUGCAUAAUCAGCUGACAGGAUCAACACAGCUCUAAUCUUGAGCUUGUCCAUGUGGCCCGAAACAAACAUGGUUUCCACUUUGACUGAAAGAAGAGCUUGAAAGUGUAAGACAUGAGAAAACAUGCCUGCAACUUUUCGUCCUCUCCUCCUCGGUGGAAAGAAGUCGAUCUGACUGUAUCGUGCUGUGUAAUGCCAUACUUCAAAUAAUUAUCAAUGUUUGAUGUGCUAUCAGGAGUUUUGAGCCACACGCAGCAUGAUUCCAUGUGAGAAAAUAACAUUUCCAGCCAAUCCAGUGUCAGAAAAACCUCAAAGGAAGCGAAUGAACGCUCUGUGAUUGUAGUUCAGAAAACUACGACACAGACGAUUUGACGGGUGGUGAACUUGGCAUGGUCCCGACGUUCUGUUCCCUGUUAUGUUUCUGUUAGUUUAUUUUCUACGUGAGUUGCAUGGACUCUUUAGCUGUUCUUAAAAAAAAAAGAAAAAGGUAGCAUGGCUUAACCCCAGACUAGGGAAUAAUCUGCUCAUCUGGCAACAAAAACUCCAAACUGUUGUUCUUGAAAGCAUGAUCUCUGGCUGCUCUGUUCAGUGAGAAGCGCAGCAUCCAGCCUCCUCAUAAUCUGAUAAACUAAAGUACAGUCUUGAUCUUACUUUUCGUGUUUCCAAUCUUGACGCUUACAUCAGUGAAUAUUAGGCGAGUUAUUAUGUGUAUGCACUGGUCUCCUGAAGAAUCACAGGAGCCAUUAUAGACGAUAAUAAGCUUUCUAGCUGUAGCUCUAGCGAUGUUCAUCAGUAUGCUCUCUAACACGCUGCCACUUAACCUCUUCCCCUUCUCUGAGUUCGUCUCAGUUUACAAUCCCUGUAUUUGAUUUCUUCGCCCCCCCCCCCUCCCCGCUGCGUUUGCCGAAACCCGUUCUACACGAUGCAAUGGCUUCCUGCAGCUUCAGCACUCAAACUGCUGGGCGUAUGCGUCGGCUGAGUUUGGAAAUACAAAGUUGAUUUUCUGUACAUAGCUUUCGGAAACAAAUGUACAUAAAACAUGGCUGUUAUUUUUUUAUUAUUUAAUGUUGAAAGUGUUCAGUACAUUCAAUAUUGUUCUAUGAUUGUAUGUUGACAAAUUGACAGUUUUGAAAGUUAAAUUUUUUUGGAAUAAAAUUAACGUCUACGAUAA